UGCCCUCUCACUUCCUCUAGUGAGAGGAAACAGAUACCCAAAGUUUACUUUAAACUGUGGUUUUGAGGAAUACAUUGGGGAAAAUAGAACUUGUUGACUAGUUAAAUGUCAACUAAAGAAAAGUGAAAGGAAAGUGUGUAGGACCGUCUCCAGGUACUGCUGACCAUGUGAUCCUCCUUGAAACUCCCUCCCUGGGCUUCCCUGCAUCUUUCAGUGUUCUGUUUAAUUGUUGGUCAUUCAAUUGUCCUCUCCUCUGCUAGAUCCACUUGAGGUCACAGUCCUUAAAUGCCGGUGUCCUCAGGACCCCUUCCUCAGCUGUCUUCUCUCUUCUUUAUCUCCUCAUAGGGGAAAGGAUUUCCAAAGCUCUGAGCUCAGCCCCCUCUCCUAAGGAGCACACUCAUGUUUCCUGGCAUCUGUUAGAUAGCUCUACUUGCCACAAGCCCUGUGCUGAAACCCCUACCCAGAAAGCUGCGUUGUCUUCCUGCAGCUGCUGCCUGGGACCUCUUAACAGAGGGAAUGGAAGUGGACGGAUGCUUAUGCAGCCCUGUCCAGUAGGAAUAUAAUGCCGGCUACGUAUGUAACUUAAACUCUCUAGGAGCCACAAUGGAAGAUAAAAAUAAAUGAAAUUAAUUCUAAUAAUAUAUUAACCCAAUAUACCCAGCACACCAUUUCAACAUAUAACCAAUAUAAAAAAAAUUUUAAUAUUUCUUUUUUCAUACUGAGUCUUCAAAAUUCAGUGUGUAUUUUUUAAAUUUUACUUUGUGUUUUUUAGGAGACAGGGUCUUGCUCUGUUAUCCAGGCUCGAGUACAGUGUUACCAUCAUAGCUCACUGCAGUCUCAAACUCCCUGGCUCAAGUGAUCCUCCCACUUCAGCCCCCCAAGGAGCUAGGACUACAGGCACACACCACCACAACCUGGCUAAUUUUUGAAUUUUUGGUAGAUACAGGGUCUCACUAUGUUGCCCAGGCUGGUCUCAAACUCCUAGCCUCAAGUGAUCCUCCUGCCUUGGCCUCCCAAAGUGCUGGGACUACAGGUGUGAGCCACUGCACCGGGCCCAGGCACAGCGUGUUUGCAGUAGCCACAUUCCAAGUGCUCACUAGCCACAUGUGACCAGUGGCCCCCAUAUUAGCCAGUGCAGGUUAAAAUGAAAAAGGUAGCAUGUGAGGCUGGGCAAAUUAUGAUAGGAUACAGAGAUUGUGUCACUGUUUUUACGAUUCAUGUAUAUUUUCUGUUCCUUAUGGGUUCCCUCCUAAUAUUUAGAGGUCUUUGAAAUUUCAUUGUUUCUUAGCAGUGCUGAGAAGAAUGAAGAAAGUAUUCUUCCUCCACACUGGGAAUGGAUUUUCAAGGGAGAGCAGCUCAUCUCCCACUCCGCCCUAACCCAUCCCUAGAGGGAAAUCCCAAGGGGAAGGGGAAGUUCUCAGCACAGAGCCCCUCCCCACUUGGAUAGUCCCUUCCUAAAAGCUAACUGUGAAAUCUCUGGAUUUUGUUUUAGAAGGAAAUCACACUUUUUUCAUAGUUCCUUUUCACAAUUUUAGUAUCUUAGCUGCCAGAAAUAGAAUUUAUUACUUUACAAUAAUUAUUAUAGCCAAAGCCACCAUAUAUUCUGCAUUUCCCAGGAUGGUGUCAAUUUUGAAUGUUGUUUCUUUCAGGCAGGCAUGGUGAAUUUUGGUUCAGAAAACAGGAUCACUCUGUCACGCUCUUGAGGGUGAACUGUUGGAGAGUCACUGUGGUGAUCAACCAAUGGGUGCUCCCUAGUUCCUGGAACUGAGAACUUCAGUCUGGAUACUUCUCUAUAAAUGGUUUCGGUAGACUCUGCCACUUUCCCCGGGGAUCUGAAAGAGUUCUCCAAGAAGCCCCCACUUCUCAGGCGGCAACAGGGCAGGUACCUGGGCGGUAGCCCUUAUGCUACUGUUCAUAAAUCAAUCUGAGUUUUAUGGGUGCUUUUUCUGAGGAAGGAGAGAUUUAAAGUUAUGUAGCGGCAACAAAGCUUUCUAAUAAUAUUUUUGGCAGGCUGCUAAAGAUGAAACAAGAAAAGAUACAAGCCCUGGGAGAGUGGUGAUAGCCCUUGGGACGCCAGCCAGAUGUUGGUGCUCACAAAUCGGGGGAGACAAUGGCCUUUACUGUUGCCAUUUACAAUGCCGGGCAGCUCAUUAAUCAUCAGCUAAAAUGAUUUCACUUUCAGGGUCUAGGCAGGUCGGGGCUGGGGUUGGGGAGGGCUGUGGCAGGAGGCCUGGAAGCCAGGCCGGGGAAGUGUCCCAGAGACCCACUAGACGGGGCCCCUCCCCUCCGCUGCCUCAGGGCAAAGGGCACCAGGAGGCGGAGCAGGGGUCGAGGUGGGAGUGGGUGCAUCACCCUUGUUUUCCGGGCUGUGAGGCUCCCAGCGUCCCCAGCUUUCCAGGUAGGGACGCCCCCUCCCACGCAGCACGGUUCCGGCGGGUGGAAAGGAGGGGCUGGGCUCCCAGCGCCCGCCCCUCUAUCCAUCACAUGGCCGGAGAGUCACAAAAACAACAGCUUUGGCCAAGACCGUGACUUCAGGAAAGGGAACCCGGGGCUCUCGCAGCCAGCCCUCCUGCCCAUGGAGGACAGUUUCCUUCAAUCUUUUGGGAGGCUGAGCCUCCAGCAGCAGCAGCAGCAGCAGCGGCAGCGGCCGCCCCGGCCGCCCCCGCGGGGGACACCUCCGCGCCGCCACAGCUUUAGGAAACACCUCUACCUCCUGCGAGGCCUCCCGGGCUCCGGGAAAACUACACUGGCCAGGGACGACCGGAGUGAGCACUGGCCUGGGAGUCUGAAGAUUGUGCCUUCAGACCUACUUCGUCACUUACUAGCUGGCGACUUUGGUCAGUCAUCUAGUUUUUCCGGGCCUUAUGUUCCUUACAUGUGACUACUAAAAGGCUACUAGAUUAGAGGAUUUAUUAAAGAUCCUUCUGACUCUUGAUUUCCAGUGGUCAGAUUAAAAAUAGUUUGCUAAUAAUGGCUAUGUUAAAGAGCUCUGAACUUGGAGUCAAUUUAUGGGUCCACAGCCAAGCUCUACCAUUCACUAGUUUGGCUUUUCACCCAACCCCUCUGUGCCUCGGUUUCCUUUUCUGUUAAAUGGGAAUAUCUGUGCUGUUUGCCUCUGAGGGUUUUGUGAAGAUUAAAUGUGUGUGGGAGGACUUUUUAAACUUUAAAAUGCUAUAUACAUUUUAAGAGGUAUUAGUUACUGCUCCGUUGUUGGUCAGCUGAGAUAAAUCUUCAGUGUUCCCUGGAGCCUGGCUCUGGAGUGAAGAAGGUAGCUUGGCAGUUGACUUUGAGUCCUCCUGUUUCGCUGGGCAUUGGCAAUUGUGGGAGCAGAGCAGCCUUGGCAUGCCAUGGGGUGGAUUGUGUGUUUAUAGAAAAGUCUGGGACGUAAGCGAGGAAACGGGCCGUAGCUCAGAGGAAGGGAGGCCGGUGGUGAGGAUGGAAUGGUGGAGAGGCAGGCUCAGGUGUGGCCCACCAGGAGCUGCCUUCCCCACUUUUUUGGGAGGUAGGGUGGGGAAGAAGAAAAGAGCAAAUUGUUUAAAAACACACAUGUAUAUAGAAAAUAGUAAAACUGUAAGGUUAUCUGUGUAUUGUUGGAUUCUGGGAAAUUCACAUUUUCUCUAUUCUCUGUAUUUUCCAAAUUUUCUAUAAUGAAUAUGUAUUUCUUAGAAUAAAAUUUUUUUUCUUCAAAAUUUGGAGGAAAUCGCUUUUUACAAAUGUGGGUUCAUCUUUUUCUGCUUAACCUUUUUUCUCAUUUGAUUAAAGAACUAAUAAAAAUUUUUUUGAAAUUAGGAUAUGUCUUGUCUCCCAAAUCAAUGUUAGAUUUCUGUGCUUUUUACAUGUUUUCAUAGUUUGAAGUGGAUGGAAUGUGGAAAAACAUCUAUUUAAAUUCUUUGAAUUUAUUUUUAAAAAGUUGGAGUUUUAACUGGUUAAAAUUUUUUUGAGCACAUCGAAGUACUGAAAAAUUAGCAUGUACCCUAAAUCUGUUUUAUCAUCCAUAUUUCAUUUAAAAAGCAUAUUACAAACAGGUUCUUACCAUUGACCUAUAAGCUCUACUUCCAGGAAUUCAUCCUAAGAAAUAAUUGGAGGGUGGAGUGGUGGCUCAUGCCUGUAAUCCCAGCACUUUGGGAGGCCGAGGUGGGUGUCCACUGAGUACUUAUAAGACCUUUAGCACUUGUUUAGGGAAGCAUAUGCCAAAUAAGCAUAUGAGAAGGCGUCUGCCUGGGAUUAACCAAUGGAAAGCCAUAACCGGCCCACUGCUGUGGGUAAGGGCUAGUGGGGAGUGGCAUCUCAAAUGCUGUUGGUGGUGAAGGCUGGGGAGGCAGUGAGGAGGAUGAAGGCUAAUUAGGGAGAAAGGAUCUUCUCCACAUAGAGACGGUUCUUGAGCUGGCCUUGAAGAUGGGAAGGAGGUGGCUGAACCAAGGAAAAGGAACAACAGCCCGACUAAGGAGAUGGAGGUGGCAGAGAGCUGGGUGUGCUCCCAGGCUUGAUUGAUGUGAAGGCUUCAUUGUAGUGAGUGUAUUGGUGAAGUAAGCCCAGGACCAGAUCAUGGAGAACAUUAAAGGCUGAACAAAGAAGUAGAGAGCUGUUGUCAGAAGAAAUAAGAUUCUAAUGCCAAGACCCUUUCAUUCUCAGCAGAUGAGCCAGAACUCUCUCUUUCACAGCUCAGCUGACAAACUCACCUGGAACUGCACCUGUCUUUUCCGCUACCUCAAUGAAAGCAUCCGUGGGUGAACCUCUGUGCUUUUGACUGUGUGUGUUAAAAUGCCUUCCGGUUUUGACCAUUUAAACCAUUUUUAAUAUACAAUCCACUGGCAUUGUAUUAUGUGGAGCUACACUCACAAUGUUGUACAACCAUUACCACUAUCUAUUUCAAAAAUUUCUUAUCACUCCAAACACACUCUGUGCCCAUUAAGCAAUAACUCCCUAUUCCCCACUCCCCCGACCCCAGGUAACCUCUCAGCUACUUCCAGUCUCUAUGCAUUUGCCUCCUUUACAUGCUUCAUGUAAGUGGAUCAUAUGGUAUUUGUCCUUUUGUGUCUGGCUAAAUUUCAUGUAGCUUAAUGUUUUCAAGGUUCAUCCAUGUUGUAGCAUGUGUCAGAACUUUACUAUUUUUAUAUCUCAAUAAAAUAUUACCUUGUAUGGGCAUACCACUAAAACAUCCUUUUUAAAUGAAAUUGCCAUAAUAGAGGGUAGCCUUUGUUUUUUAAUGGUCUUAUUUGAAAAAUUAAAAGUUGUCAAUCUUAUUUCAGUUCCCCAGAAUUUUUUUGAAUCUUUACAUUUCAAUCAAAGCAAAGUCGGGGGAACCACUCUGUAUUACAUGUUGCAUCCUUUGCAAUGUUCUGGUUCCUUUUGGCACCAUCACAAAUGGUUUGUAACAUGGAUUCAGUUAGGCUCAAAGGAUGCUCGCUGACAGCUGUCUUUUCUCCUUAUUCAUAUCUCUGGAUAACGUGGAAUUUUCCAUCAUGAGAAGUACCUUUUCAUUAUUUCUUUUCAUUAUAGAGCCUUGCACAGAAGUGAAAGGAUGCUUUUCUAAUGUGAUGCAAUGGUAAGGCGGAGAUGGGGAGAAAAGUAUACUUUACAACCAGAUGAGCAGUGGAAUGUGAGAAACAGUGAGAACAGGGGGCCAGUUAGGUUGGCUAAGUAGUGAGUAGUUGGAGCCCAAAGAAUACUCUGCUCCACAGUGCUCCUAGCCAGCAGGCCUGGACUGUGGUGUGUUUCUUUAUGAGGCCAGGGCUCUCAUUAAUAAAAGUGCAAAAUAGAAAAUUUACAGCAUUCCAACUCUGUGCAUAUAAAAAUGGAGGGUCAGACAGGUGAUAUAUCAAAUCUUUAGUCAUCUAGGUCUACUUGGAAAAUGACUACCAGCUUUUUGUAUUUUUCACAAUUUUCCUAAGGUGGGUCCUAAAUCUCCUCUCGCACUACUGAGAGUCCUUGUCCUUACCCUCUCUCUGGAGGCUGGGAUGAAUGAGGACUUAAAAGCUGUAUCUGUUUAACAAAGAGUGCAAAUAUACAGUGUGGUAUGUGCUUGUCCUUGCUCAUUGGAGAGGCUGUAUGAGGAAAGAUUGCCCAGCUAUACAGGAGAUUCACCACAAACACAUUCCUGGAGCUGUUGGAACAAUGGAAGAAGACCCUGCUGAACUGGGGCAAUCCGAUAUUGCAGGUGUGGAUUAUGACCCGAGAGGAAGUAGAAAUGGAUGAAGGAAGGAAGAAUAGGGGAAGAAUACUUUCAUAGGAAAAGUUCAGGAGAUGUAUAGGAACUCCCUUGGAGUUCAUCUGGCCUGAGCCCAAGACACUGAGAAGCUAAACAUCUUGAUCAGGGUCAAAGGGAUGUGUUCUCCUAUUCUAACAGAGAGCUUUUUUUGUGUACACCAAAAGAAGAGGCCGGAAAGGGGAUGAUCUGGUGAAAGGGUAAUGAGUUUGGUUUUGAUCUGUCGUAUAAUGAAAAAACAAGAGCCUUAUAAGGGGGCUAAGUUAACCUGGAUUUCAACUGUCAGGGUAAGGAAGCUACAUUUUUUUUGUUGUCAAUAUUAAUGUUUCUCAUAACAUAAAAAAUAUUACUCACCAGGGAAUUUAUUUUCUUUAUUAAUAUGGUACCAUUGAGGGCAAUGGGAGGAAAUGAGAUUUAGAUUUUUAAAUAAGUUUCCAUAUUUAUCCUGGUUAUGAUGUGUUGGAGAGAGAUGUGGUAGUCAACUUCCAACUCCCAAGCAGGUCUAAAGUCUCUUUCUCAUCUGCUCACAUGUUAGGAUAUUUAUAAGUCAAUGCCUUCAUUCCUUCAUGCCAGUUUCAUGAACCUUCCUCUACAUAAUAGCACCUGCCUAAGGCCACUCAGACUCUAGAUGAACCCAGUAAGAAUUUUUUUUUAGUCACGCCAAGUUAUCUGAAGAUACUGAGGCUCUCUGGGAUUAAGGAAAUUUUAUAAUAAAGAAAAAUUAGUCUGCCUUCUAACUGUUCCUUCAUAAGGCAGAUCAUGUGUAUGGCUUGGGGAAAAGGCUGUUUUUAUCAAGGUAAGAGUCCGGGAAAGGGGAAGGGAGAAAUGGGGAAAGAAAAGCCAGCACAUGGUUACUGCUGACUGUCUGCCUGGCCCUUUUUAGACACUGGCUUAUUGAAUCUUCACAAUAACCCUGGGAUGCAGUCAUUUUUAUUUUAUAGAUGAGGAUUUUAGGAUUGGAGAGUCACACAUUUGAGAGACUCAGAGGAUUUCAUAAUACACCGAGUGGUCUUAUAUUACUAGGGAAGUUCAUGGACAAACAUACCUACAUCCCUUUCACAAUUAUUGGGGAGUCCUGCUGAAGUAUGAUUGUGUAGCCAGGAUUGUCCAGCACUCUUUCCCCACAGAUUUUAAGGAUAUGCUGAAGAAGAAAGAGGGCCUGAAAGGGAAUUUCAUGCUACCAUUUGUUGCCUUGUACCCUGGCUUUCUUUUCUUCUUGGCAUUGGUACCACUGACGUAUAUUUAUUUAUUAUCUAUUUCUUUUACUAGAACGUAAGCUUCAUGAGAUAUGAUGUAAAUUCCAUGAGAUCAGGAACUUUAUUCUGUCCAGCUCCUAAAAGAAGGCCAGGCACAUUACAGGCCUUUACUCAACAUUUGAUGAAUGGAUUAGUUCAUGAAACGCAAUAUGAGAUGCCUCCUAAGAUGUGGAAGCUUGGAUGUCAGCAUGGCUCUUGAGUAAAGAACGAAACCAAAGGGCAGAUUAUUCACAUAAAGAGAAAUGUAAAAGAAUGAGGCUGGGCGCGGUGGCUCAUGCCUGUAAUCCCAGCACUUUGGGAGGCUGAGGCGGGUGGAAUCACCUGAGGUCAGGAGUUCGAGACCAGCAUGGCCAACAUGGUGAAACCCCAUCUCUACUAAAAAUGCAAAAAAUUAGCUGGGCAUGGUGGCAGGUGCCUGUAAUCCCAGCUACUUGGGGGGCUGAGGCAGGAGAAUCACUUGAACCUGGGAGGUGGAAGUUGCAGUGAGCCGAGAUUGCCAUUGCACUCCAGCCUGGGCAACAAGAGCAAAACUCGGUCUCAAAAAAAAUAAAAUAAAUAAAAAAGAAUGAAUGGGAUGUGGAGAACAGACAAGGGGGAGAAAAAAGAAAAAAUAGAGCCACUCAUUCCAAAGUUCUCAAUUCGGUGCGUAAGAAAACGAUUCCUAUUUGUUGCAGGUGAAAAUGUUUGAUGUGCCAGCUCCUUUACCUCAUAGUUACAGUAAGAAGAAAUUUAAAAAUUGGGAUCAAAGAUGCAGCUGCCUUCCCAUUUAAGCAGCACAGACAGCCCAAAGUGACAGUUUUCCUGUACAGUUACUCUUCUGUUAUCUAUAACUGAUCUAUGACAUUUUGGGAAAAGACAGCCAAAAAAAAUUAGUACUGAGGUAGGUGUGCCUGAUUCCUUCCCCAAUUCUGCUCAUGACUGAACCAACAGAACACAAACACAGGUGAAGCCUGCACAGCUGUGAGAGUCUACAAAAGGGGGCUGUUCACAUGCAAGAUACUGAAAGGAAUUUCUGCUCAAUAAGUUUGUGGGACCACACUGACAAACGAGAAUGAGGGCUCUCUGGGAGUCUGGCUUUGGAUCUCAUGAACGUGGUCUACUUUGGAGGUAUGAGGGGUAAAGGUAAGAGAAGUAGGGCAGACUGGGAACUGUUCCCUGAGUCCCCCUAGUCACUGUGGCUUGGGGACACUUGAGGCUAGCAGUGAUUGAGGCUUGGCUCUCCAAGGACAGGACUUGGCCCUGGUGGGGUGGGUGGCAGCAGUGCCCAGGUUCGGCCACACCUGGCCUCAGGGGAGGCUGCCCACAUCAUCUAUAGCUUGGCUCCCUCCCUGCUUUCAGGCUGCUGAGCCAUGGAAUCUGUUUUCUAUCUCCCAGUUUAAAGUCCUCAAGGAGAAUGUCAGUAGCAUUCAGAGGAAGUGCUGGGAUCCAAGAAGAAUCCUCUCCGUCAGUCUCCUUUAAGGGUUGUGUUAGUCUGUUCUCAUUCUACUAAUAAAGAUAUGCCCAAAACUGGAUAAUUUAUAAAGGAAAGAGGUUUAAUUGACUCACAGUUCAGCAUGGCUGGGGAGGCCUCAGGAAACUUACAAUCAUGGUGGAAGGGGAAGCAAACAUGUCCUUCUUCACAUGGCAGCAUCAAGGAGAAGUGCUGAGCAAAAGGGGGAAAAGCCUUAUGAAACCAUCAGAUCAGCCGGGCGCAGUGGCUCAUGCCUAUAAUCCCAGCACUUUGGGAGGCCAAGGCAGGCAGAUCACCUGAGGUCAGGAGUUCAAGACCAGCCUAGCCAACAUAGUGAAACCCCGUCUGUAAAAUACAAAAAAAAAAAAAAAAAUUAGCCAAGCAUGGUGGCAAGCACCUGUAAUCCCGGCUACUCAAGAGGCUGAGGCAGGAGAAUCACUGGAACCCGAGGGAUGGAGGUUGCAGUGAGCUUAGAUCAUGCCACUGCACUCCAGCCUGGGCGACCGAGCAAGACUCUGUCUCAAAAAAAAAAAAAAAAAAAAAAAAAAUCAGAUCUUGUGAGAACUCACUAUCAUGAGAACAGCAUGAGGGUAACUGCUCCCAUGAUUCAAUGACCUCCCAUCGGAGGUAAUUCCCGUGACAUGUGGGGAUUAUGGGAACUAUAAUUCAAGAUGAGAUUUGGGUGGGGACUGCCCCUGGCUCCUCCAAAAUCUCACGUCCUCACAUUUCAAAACACAAUCAUGUCUUCCUAACAGUCCCCCAAAGUCUUAACUCAUUCCAGCAUUAACUCAAAAGUCCAAGUCCAAAGUCUCAUCUGAGACAAGGCAAGUCCCUUCUGCUUAUGAACCUGUAAUAUCAAAAGCAAGUUGGUUACUUCCUAGAUACAAUGGGGGUACAGGCAUUGGGUAAAUACACCUAUUCCAAAUGGAAGAAAUUGGCCAAAACAAAGAGGCUAUAGGCCCCAUGCAAGCCCAAAAUCUAGCAGGGUAGCCAAAUCUUAAAGCUCCAAAAUGAUCUCCUUUGACUCCAUGUCUCAUAUCCAGGUCAUGCUGAUGCAAGAGGUGGGCUCCCACGGCCUUGGGCAGCUCCACUCCUGUGGCUUUGCAAGGUACAGCUCCACUCCUGGCUGCUUUCACAAGCUGGCAUUGAGUGUCUGUGGCUUUUCCAGGCACAAGGUGCAAGCUGUCGGUGGAUCUACCAUUCUGGGGUCUGGUGGGCAGUGGCCCUCUUCUCACAGCUCCACUAGGCAGUGCCCCAGUGGGGCCUCUGUGUGAGCACUAGCAGAGAGCCUCCAUGAGGGCUCCACCCCUGCAGCACACCUCUGCCUGGAAAUCCAGGCAUUUCCAUACAUCUUCUGAAAUCUAGGUGGAGGUUCCCAAACCUCAGUUAUUGACUUCUGUGCACUCACAGGCCCAACACCAUGUGGCAACUGCCAAGGCUUGGGGCUCGUACCCCCUGAAGCAAUGGUCUGAGCUGUACAUUGACCCCUUUUAGCCAUGGCCAGCCAGAGCUGCUGGGAAGCAGGGCACAAAGUUUCAAGGCUGCACACAGCAGGGGGGGCCCAAGACUCAUCUCAUGAAACCAUUUUUCCC